CUCGGCCUCUACAUCUCUUAGCACAUUUAGGAUGAAGGGGCAGUCACUUGCGCAAGAUUGGUGAACUGAUUCGACUAUAGAGUGCAACGCAGGUAGCAGCGGAUCUUCGCUACAUGGCGCCACACCUCAAUGUCAGCGCCGGCCCGGACGCCUCAUCGCUGUCGACGCUAUAUGUCAACUCGGACCUGAACCCGACAUUGGUGUCCUCGGCUCACUUCCAUGGCCGCAUCGCUGUGCGCAUCAAGCACUUCACCGGCGACGUGCCCGAGGGUAAGGAGCGUGUGGCCGAGGCAAAGUACUUUGAAGAGGGGCAUGGAAAGGGUAUGACAUGGAGUAUACAGGUGCAAGGCAGAUUCCUCAAAGACAUCUCGACGGAUGACCUCGUUUUUGGCAACGAGUUUGAUCGACCAAUUAAAGACAGGCUGCCCUGGGGAACUGCAGUAGCCCUCGAGGCCGCCAAGUUCAUUGACCCAAAUCUGGAACAUGACCUUUACUCUGACAAGCCAUGGGCCUUCUCACCAUUCGUGGCAACCAUGACGCGCAUCAGUGCUGUCAAGCUUUCAUCCGAGCCAUCGUCGAGCGGCUCAGAUGUGCAGGAAGAGUUUCGCACGACUGCCUGGCCAGUGUUUCCCUCACCAGAGAACAGCAACGCGAGCGAUCCGGCGUACGUGCUGGAUGAUCUCAGUCCGCUGAUCCCGUACCCUACGUCGAGCGACGCGGCGAAAGACGUGGAUAUCGACGAUGCGACGCUCAACGACCUCAAAGGCGGGACCGGCCCGGACAGCGCGCCGCAGGCGCACAAGACGCGCGCGCGUUGGUUCGGCGACCGCGCACACCGCCAGAGCAUCAAGGUGACGCCAGAGCACGUCCUCACAGCCGACUUUUGCAAUUCGUUCAUUGACUUUAAUACGCUGCGCCUCGAGCUGCCGUACACAGGCGGCAUGGGGUUUGACUUGAAAAAGUACUGGGACGGGCAGCCGGUCAGGUACGUGUGCAAGGACAAGAGCGACGGCACAGUUUUCUUUUUUAUCCAGUUCAAAAUCGUAGACAUGGACGCAUGAUCAGCAAGGAGGCGAUAUCAAGCCGCAAGCAAGGUACGGGGGAUAGCAACAGAACCGUUGUAGAGCAACACCCUGCACGCAAUCGUUUGUAGGAAAUGGUGUUGGUAUCACGCGUGCAUGAGCGCAAUACAGUGGACGGUUAUACCAAAGUACAGCCUACGUCCUAGGUUUGGAUUUUGCCUUCCGAGUCUGAGCGGGGCAAUUAGCAGGCGACAUGCCUG